AUGGCAGGUCUCCGGCAUUUCGAAGAGUUUGAUUUUGAUGAGGAUUUCGAUUCAGAAGAGGAGUUUUCAAAGUUUCUCAGCGAUGAAGAUUUUGAAAAUGAGUCUGAAAACGAGUCGGUGGAUAACGAAUCGGGUGUUAACAUGAAUUUCGAAAAAGCUGAUAUCGUUGAGCUCCCAGAUGAUAUAGAAAUUCCCCCAGUAGCUCCUCAAAAAAACGAAGAAACUUCUCUUCUCGAUUCAUUGCUUGGUGAGGCGUUGUCUGGAGAACAGGUCAACCCAUCAAUCGUAGGACUAUUCGACGAUUUGGAUUUGUCGGAUGAAGAACCACAGGUGAUCAAUCGAGGGCUUCUAGAAGACGAAGACAGUGGAAUCAGUACUGGUCCCAGUCGUUCAGAUGACACUGAGAUCUCUCAAGAAUCAUCGAGCAAGAUCCCAGAACCGUCUUCAAUCGAGAAGUACCUUCGAUACAUUUCCGAAGAAGAGCAUGAAGUGUCUGUCGACGAAAUUCCGGAUUUCGCUUCUAAAAAAAAUGUGUAUGGGACUAGCUUCAAUGUUCGAACUGGAAACAUCUCUCGCCCUCCAAGAUUCGAGUUCGCUCGUCGCGAUGAUCGCUGGAUCAACUCUUGCAAACUUUUGACUUAUGACAACGAGAAGCCAUUGAACGAGUUGCUCUCACUUGGGAAGUUAGUGCCAACUGUAAAGGCUGGAAUGAAGCUCAACUACAAGUCAUGCAAGUUUACCGAUGUACACUGCCGAAGUGCUCAAGAGAUGUCCGAUAUGGAGACUCAUGAUAUUCAACAAAUCAUUCGCGACGCAUUCAACUCUCGUCGUCUAGCCGUGAUUUUGUUUGGAGUGGAUAAAGAUGGAAUAGUGACCGGGUGUCAAAUGAACGCUGGAAAGCAAGAUAAUCUGCGUCUUGCCUUGGAUACUGCGAUUCAAACGGAAUUCGUACCACCUAUUGAGAAUAUCCUCGAUGCUGUCGACGUUCAAUUCUUGCCUGUUGAAAAUUUGGGGGAUAUGUUUUUGAUUGUUAUUCGCAUCAAACAAAUCCGUAAUCAACACUAUCUCUUGGAAUCUUCUAUGAUUCCUCGAAAAUGCACAAUUCGCUACGGCACAUCCAUCACCCCUAACUUCGCAAAACUCAUUGACGCCGUUCCACCAUCAGAUGCAGACUUCAACAGUUCCGUAGUAGCAGUUGAAAAGCGAAUCAUCGAAAACAAAGAUCUUGCUAAACUCCGACGCCCUUCCUUAUCUGCUAUUUUGUCAGCUAUCAGUGAUCAGAGAGCGCUAUAUUUGUGGCAAAAAGCAAAGAUUGAUGAAAUGGGAUUGAGCUCGUUCAAAGCUUACAUGACUGAUAGAAUGGCAAUAGGAACUCGAACUCAUACUAGAGUUGAGGAAAUGCUCAGGAUAGGACACGAUGAGGCGAAAUUGGCACAAAUUAUCGACUCUGAAAAGCAAGCAGCAAUACGAAAUUAUAUGAAAAGUGCGCUUCCGAUUAUUCUGGAGAUUCAGGAUCCAGAAUCAGCGAUUUGUGAAAAACGAGUAAGACAUCCAAUUUUAGCAUAUCAGGGAAGGUUCGAUGCAGUUGUUAAAUACAAAGACAAUUGGAGCAUUCUCGAUUGGAAAACUGCUCCUGCUCGAUCCUCAUUCAGUCAACAAGGUGAAGACAGUCUCUCUUAUGUCAGUUAUGUUAGACAGUUAGCUGCCUACGCAUCUGCUUUCAACUAUGAUGUCCGAUAUGAAAACUCACCUAUUGCAAAACAAGGGUUAUUGGUCAGCUUGAAAGAGGAUGGAGCACCUGCGGAAGUAUAUCAGAUUUCAGAAGAUGAAAUGGAAAACACUCUAGGCGAUGUGAAAGAGAAGCUGAAGAAAUUCUGGAAUAAAGUCAUGUCAUCUAAACAAGCUAACAUUGACCUCGCAUACAAGCCUGCUAACUAA